AUGGCUGAUCUAAAAUUCAAAAUUCCUCCAACCAAAACUUUGGAGUAGGAGAAGUAAAAGUUACUCAAAGAGAAAGAUGAGAUAGUUUUUAGAUUUGAAUAAUAAUGGAUUAAGGAUUUGGAUGAAGUGGGUAAAUACAAAAAAGGAAUCAGAAUCAAAAACUAUGUUGAUGGAAGCAAGUACGAAGGCGAGGUGAUUAAUGAGAAACGAAAUGGAAAGGGAAUUUAUCAUUAUAGUAAUGGAGAUAAAUAUGUUGGAGAAUGGAAGGAUGACAGAUUCCAUGGAAAAGGAGUCUAUAUAUUUGCAAAUGGAGAAAGGUAUGAUGGGGAAUUGAGAGAGAGUGCAAAACAUGGAAGAGGAGUCUAUUUGUAUGUGAAUGGAAAUAAGUAUGAAGGAGAAUGGAUGAAUGAUAAAAAGAAUGGAAAGGGUUCUUAUACUUACUUUGCAACAAAUGAGAAAUAUGAUGGGCAAUGGUUAGAUGGAGAGAAACAUGGAACUGGUAUGUACAUAUAUACUAGUGGUGACAAGUAUUAUGGAGAGUGGAGAGAUGGGGAAAAGUCUGGUAAAGGUGUUUUUGAAUACUAAAAUGGUUCCAGAUUUGAAGGAGAGUUUUUAGAAGACAAAGCCAAUGGGUUUGGAGUUAUGCAAUAUUCGAAUGAGGAUAGAUAUGAGGGAGAAUGGGCUGGAGGGUAGAAACAUGGUUAAGGAACAUAUUUUUAUGCAGAUGGAGCAAAAUAUUAAGGAGAAUGGAAAAAUGAGAAUCAGAAUGGACAUGGAAUAUUUUAUUAUGUCAAUGGUGAUAGAUAUGAGGGAACUUUUGUUGAUGGCGAGCGUUGUGGCAAGGGAAUCUAUUAUUAUUUGAGUGGGGAUAAGUAUGAGGGAGAGUAUAGGAAUGAUGUGAGAAAUGGGUAAGGAGUGUUGAUGUUGACUAAUGGUGAUGUGUUUAUGGGAGAAUGGGCUAAUGGCACUAAGAAUGGUUAGGGACGAUAUGAGUAUGCAAACGGAGAUUAGUAUGAGGGGUUCUUUUAGGAUGGUAAGAGAUAAGGGAAGGGAACUUAUUAUUGGAAGAAUGGGUAGAAGUAUGUUGGGUUGUGGAAAAACGAUAGGAUGGAAGGAGAGAUGGAACCGAUAGUUGCUUUCAAAUAAAGUAAAUUUUCGAAUGACUACUUAAUUGAUGUAUGA